CCGCCUGUAGUAGAUUUGCUCUUAGCUCAUUUUUUGGCACCGUUCCUCCACGGGAGUUCUUGCGUUUACUCUUUACGCGAGAGAGGAAGAAAGAAGGGUCGAGCGUUAGUGCUGGGUUUGUGAGGGACGGGGUUGUUGUUAUUGUUAUCGCUGCUUGUUUUCCCCACCUCCCUGUCCUGGCGAAAGAUCAAAGCGCUAAAAUGGAGGCGGAAAGAUCCGGCGGAGUAGCAGGGGGAACGAACCAGAACUCUGGAGGCAGCGGCGUGGGGCGCAACCCGAACGGGCCGAAAUCAGUGCUCGGGCAGGCGACAACAGCAGCAGCGGCAGCGAUGGCUGGAUCGUCGCAGCCUCGAGAACCACAAGACGGCGACGCAGGCCUAUCGCUUCCCGGGAUCUUGCACUUUAUCCAGUUCGAAUGGGGACGCUUCCAGACCGAGAAAUAUCGUUGGGAAGCCGAGCGAGAUGAACUCAGGGCUCAGGUGACGUUCCUGCAGGGCGAGAGGAAGGGGCAGGAGAACAUGAAGCAGGACCUGGUCAGGCGGAUUAAGAUGUUGGAGUACGCCCUUAAACAAGAGAGGUCCAAACACCAGAAGCUGAAGACCGGCAGUGACCAGAGCCCAGGGGAGAAGAAACCAGAGGCAGAACAAGUGCCUAAUGGGCCAGCAGAGUCUGAAUCUGAGCCAGCCAAUCAGAUGUCCUGGAAGGAGGGCCGUCAGCUACUGCGCAAGUACCUGGAGGAGGUGGGCUACUCGGACACCAUCCUGGACAUGCGUUCAAAGCGUGUGCGCUCCCUGCUGGGUCGUACCAGCCCCGAGGCUAACGGCGCCCCGGCCAGCAGCGAGCAGCAGCCCGCCCCGGACCCCGAGCCCCUGGCAGGGGGGGAGUCACUCCUCAUCAGACAGAUAGAGGAGCAGAUCAAGAGGAACGCGGCGGGGAAGGAUGGUUCUAAGGAGCGCCUGGGUGGUUCCGUGCUGGAUAAGAUCCCCUUCCUACACGGCUGCCAGGAUGACGAUGAGGACGACAGUGAUGAGGAAGAUGACUUCCAGGGCAUGGGUGGGGACCGUAUAGACGGGCAGCGCAACAAGAACAAGAAGCCGCGCGUUAAGAUGGGAACUGAGCCCACGACCACAGACCUGGACCCUGAUGAUGAGGAGGAGGAUGAAGACGACUCGGAGGAUGCCCUGAGCGAGUUUGACUUCCUGGGAUCAGGGGAGGAGGGGGAGGGGGCGGGAGAGGCCCGGAUCUCAGGGGACGGCCGGGAGUUAGAGAACCGCAGGAACAAGUUACAGGGCUUGAUGUCGGACUUCCCCCCCAAACCCUCCCCGCCCCCCUCUGUUUUGGGACAGUCUCGCUCCGGGGAAGGUGGCGCUCUGGGUUUUUCCUCCGACGUCUUCAUCCUGGACGCCGUCGGGGGCGGAGACAUGAACCUGGGGGAGUUGGCUGACCUCACCGUCGCCAACGACAACGACCUCACUGUGGAUCUACAAGAUAACCGGGAGGAGUUCAAGAAGACGUGGAACCCUCGCUUCACGCUGCGCAGCCACUUUGAUGCCAUCAGAGCGUUGACGUUCCACCCCAGCCAAGCCGUUCUACUCACAGCCUCCGAGGACGGAACCCUGAAGCUGUGGAACCUCAACAAGGCCAUACACUCCAAGAAAAAUGCAGCGCUGGACGUUGAACCCAUCUACACCUUCAGAGCCCACAGUGGUGCAGUUCUGUCUCUGGCAAUGGGAGAGGACGGAGACUCGUGCUACAGCGGGGGUCUGGAUGGAACCGUGCGCUGCUGGAAGAUCCCUGACAUCAACGUGGAUCCCUACGACAACUACGACCCGGCCGUAGAGAGCAGUGUGUUGUUGGGUCAUGAGGACUCAGUGUGGGGUCUGACGUACUCUGCCCACCACCAUCGGCUGGCCUCCUGCUCUGCAGACGGGACCGUUCGCAUUUGGGCACCCCAGAACUCUGCCCCCUGUCUCUCCGUCUUCAACAAGGAGAGAGAGCACGGAACACCCACCUCGGUGGCCUUUGUGAACUCUGACCCCGACCAAGCGGUGGUGUCAUUCGACGGCGGCGAGACGCUGCUCUAUGACCUCAACACAGAGCAGAGCAUCAUGGUCCUGGAGACCGGCACCAAGGACGGCAGUAACCUGAUUAACUGUGUGGUCAGCCACCCCUCUGAGCCCAUCUCCAUCACCGCACACGAGAACCGCACUAUCCGCUAUCUGGACAACAAGACAGGAAAAGUGAUCCACUCCAUGGUGGCACACCUGGAUGCUGUCACCUGUCUGACCACGGACCCCAAAGGCACUUACCUCAUCUCUGGCAGCCAUGACUGUUCGGUGCGUCUGUGGAUGCUGGACAACAGGACGUGUGUGCAGGAGAUCACGGCCCACAGGAAGAAGCACGACGAGGCCAUUCACGACGUGGCCUUCCACCCCUCGCAGCCCUUCAUCGCCUCGGCCGGCGCCGACGCACUCGCCAAGAUCUUCGUCUGAGAGGAGGCACAGACGGGGACCAUCAUCCUCCUUGCCCGACAAACACAACUUGGCCAGAGGAGAGUGAUGACUACAAUGGACAAACCUCACCUGCCUACACACGCAAUUUCACAGUUACACACACACACACACACACACACACACACACACACACACACACACACACACACACACACACACACACACACACACACACACACACACACACACACACACAGACAGAUAUCCAGUGACAUUCACACACAAGACUGUCCUGCACCCCACUGGCUGGGUCAUCGCCAACAGGACACUAUUACCCACAGUUCUCUAGUUGUCCCAUGAUGCCUCACUAACUUGUUGCAAUACUAACCAUACUGCUUUUCUAACGACUAAUCUGGCUGCUCGGUUUCUUAGGUCAGUUUACUACACUGUAAUGCUCUGUUCAUUUCUACCUUUACAGUCCACUCAUGGUUCUAAUGAAGGCAGUGUGUGUGUUGACAUUGAUCACUACACAUGCCGAUGCAUCACCUACUUCAAUUAGUGACGCGCACACACACACACACACGCGGAUUAACAUUCAGUUUGAAACUGUUUUUUUAAGACUUUAAAAAAAAAUAUAUAUAAAAAGCUUAGCUCACCAGUUGCUAACACACAUAAGUACCUGACUACAGUAGAGUCCAGUCCCCAUCAAGUUACGCCGUUAGCCGUUGUCUACUGCAAUACGGCGUGGGGUCACAAUGCAUUUCAUUCCAAAGACUUCUGAGGGUUUUAGUUUGUGUGUGUGUUUUGGAGUCUUCUCCUAGCCAGUGUUGGACAAACAGCUUUAAUUUCAGCCUCAUCGCCGAGACACUUAGUCUGAGUGUUUGUGUGUCCGGUAUUGUACGGUCAUCCAUUUCAGUAGAAUCAAGUUUGAUAGGAAGUGUGUGUGUGUGUGUGUGUGUGUGUGUUGCACUUGUUUAAUCUUUGGUGCUAAGAUCUCGUCAGUCCGAGUCUGAAUCAGGGACAUGUUUGCAUUCGAGGUGUGUGUGUGUGUGGAGUACUCUUUGUCUCACUGGGAUAUUUGUCAUCAACAGUAGCAUGAAAUGGCUUGUAUCAUGCGUCACUCUCCAGCCACGACAUCUGUUUGUGUUGAGAUACUGUAUGGGUCAUUUUUUUAUCUCAUAAGAAGACUAACACGCUAUGCUAAGCAGACACUUUUCUACUGGUUUCCUUUUAUAUUUGUGUGUGUGUGUGUGUGUGUGUGUGUGUGUGUGUGUGUGUAAGUUGGCCUUUGUAAUUUCAUCAGGAUAGCUGGUUUGUGAAAGAGUUUGUGGAGAUGAUGCCACAGUGGAGACCUCUGACUGAAACGGUUGACGUUGAGAGAAAGUGACACUACUCCCAAUAUGGCAUCCUGUAUUCUCCCUUCCUUAAGUCGGCAUCAAGUCAAAAUGGUCCUUCGUGCCGAUGUAUUUAUUUAGGCUUGCGCUUGGAAACAUAUUAUCCAUUGAAAUAGCUGUUACGUUUCUGGUUUUGGUGCGAGUCCUCAUAGUGGGAAACUGGCCUCUCUCCAGUGUCAAUGGAGCCAGCAGGGGAAAUUGCCCCCAGGAUAUGGGAACAAAAGGCACAUAAAGAGCCCUCCUUCCUCUCCCUUUCCCCUAUGGAGGGGAAACAAGAACAAACACUACCUAACCCUUAGCCCCCCCUUACAUUGGCCUCUGACAAAUACUGAACUAGGCAGGGUUGGUGUCUGUUCACCAAGCAGUCACUUUGGGCUUGGAUUAUUGUUCCUGGUUUUUCCUGGAAGGGAAAACAAGCGUGGAUAAAGUGCGCUGCCACUCUGAGCCGCGGACGACCGCUAAAGACUGGACAUAUCGGUCGGAGAUCAGGGGUGAUGUCGUUAGGUAGCCGGUUUAUUUUUUUGAACUUUCCGGGGUGGAGGCAGAGGGAGCCCUACGGGCAGAUCUCUGGCUGUGGAAACAUGGUUCCACCUGGCCAGGGCAGAGCAGAGCAUGGCAGUAAAGAAUUAAUGGUCCAGUAGCACCAUGUCAAUCAGUAACUGGCCCUGAGCUGCCCCCAAACCUACUAAUCAGCCCCUCUCACACGCCAGAGGGACAGGGUAAAAGUUGUCCCUAACCACUGAUUCAAGAUCAGAUAUUUCUUAAUCUCCUUAAUGGUUUAAGCCAGAAUUGCGGCUAUGGUUAUCUGAUCCUAGAUCUGUGGUUUAAGGUCAACUUUAACCAACUACAGUACAUGCAACAGGGUCACUACAGGGAUCCGAGAAAUGACUGAGAGGUCAACGUUUUCCUCUCCACUGCAAGACCUUAUGGGAAAACACUCUGUGGUCUAGUCAGACAGGUGUCUGCGGGCUUGGUUUAGUACAUGUGAGCUUCACGUGUUUGCUAAAACAUGCUGAUUUCAGAUGUAUUGGAUUUGACGAGGCAGAGAGAAUGCCUAAAGUGCUCCUGUGGCACAUUGUGUGCUGUAAUGCUUUGUUGUUGAGAGGAUAAAUAUAGUACACAAUUGUCAAUCACCCACACUAACUGCUGGUUAUAUGCUGCACUACAUCAGCUGCACUAGACCCCAAGACUAGACCAAGGGGUUAUCUGUAGCUCAGCUGUGUCUUAGUGUGGCUUUGGAGACCAGGGCCCAGUUUCCCAAAAGCAUCUUAAAGAGCGACUGACCCUAAAAAAAAAGCAACUUCUCGUUUUUGAAAAUGGCCUACAUGAGUCAGAAACACGUAUUCUACUGUCAAAAUUGACCGCAGAGUGAAAUUUUGGUCAUUGCAAGUCAGUCUCGUCCAAAACCGUUGUUACUAAAGUUGCAUUUGAAAACGCUCAUUAUUUUCCCCGUCUGCCUCAGAACAGCGGAGUGAGUCGUUAGAUGCUUUAAAAAAUAUAUAUAUAUAUUUCUUUUACCCUUCCUCGUCACUUUAUACACUAAACAGAAGGUCUCCGCUAUACAUAGAAUCAAAGAUGUUUAUCUGUCUCUGUGAACGCAGAUAAUUUAAGAACGUAGUUGACUGCUACAAAUGCAAAGUUGCCAAUAUCCUUGCGAUUGUUGCAAACAAUAAGGUUCCAAAAUACAAACUGAGUUGACUGUGGGGAGCAGACGGACAAACAUAAAUAUAAAUACAGACAAUGGACGUAUGUAUAUAGGCUACAUACAGUGCCUUUGGGAAAAGUAUUCAGGCCCCUUGGCUUCUUCCAUACUUUGUUAGGUUACAGCCUGAUUCUAUAAUUGAUUAAAUCGUUUUUUCCCCCCUCAUCAAUCUACACACAAUAUCCCAUAAUGACUAAGCAAAAAAACAGGUUAAAAAAACUGAAAUAUCACAUGUACAUAAGUAUUCAGACCCUUUACUCAGUUCUUUGUUGAAGCACCUUUUGCAGCAAUUACAGCCUCGAGUCUUCUUGUAUGACGCUACAGGCUUGGCACACGUGUAUUUGGGGAGUUUUGGGCUCUGGCUGUGGGCCUCUCAAGGACAUUCAGAGACUUGUCCCGAAGCCACUCCUGCGUUGUCCUGUCUGAGGUCCUGAGCGCUCUGGAGCAGGUUUUCAUCAAGGAUCUCUCUGUACUUUUGCUCCAUUCAUCUUUAAUUUGAUCCUGACUAGCCUCCCUACCAUUGAAAAACUUUCCCACAGCUGCCACCACCAUGCUUCACCGUAGUUUGGCCGGGCGGCCAGCUCUAGGAAGAGUCCUGGUGGUUCCAAACUUCUUCCAUUUAAGAAUGAUGGAGGCCACGGUGGUGUUCGGGACCUUCAAUGCCGCAUCAUUUUUUUUGUACCCUUCCCUAGAUCUGUGCCUCUACACAAUUCUGUCUCGGGAACUCUACAGACAAUUCCUUCGACCUCAUGACUUGGUUUUUGUUCUUACAUGCACUGUUAACUGUGGGACCUUUUAUAUAGAGAGUUGUGUGCCUUUCCAAAUCAUGCCCAAUCAAUUGAAUUUACCACAGGUGGACUCCAAUCAGUUGUAGAAACAUCUCAAUGAUGAUCAAUGGAAACCAAUGAUGUUUUUUCAGUUUUUUUUAUAUUUAAUACAUUUGCUAAAAUGUCUAAAAACCUGUUUUUGCUUUCUCAUUAUGGAGUAUUGUGUGUAGAUUGCUGAGGAUUUUUCUUUAUUUAAUCCAUAACAUUGGAAAAAGUCAAGGGGUCUGAAUACUUUCUGAAGGCACUGUAUAUAGGCCUGUUUAUUUAAAUCAGAUUCAAAUCAAUUUCAUGCUCAAUCAAUUGGGUUCUAGUUUGCUGGCUAGGCUACUGUGCAAUUUUUACCUCGAUACAUUUCAUGAUAUGUAAUGUGUGCAGUGAUAUGCAAAGUCUCUGAUUUGUGCAUUAUUAUUGUGUAAGCAUUAGAAUAUGCCGCCUCAAUAUUUGCAGCCAUUAGGUGAUAAUCUCUCUAGGAGCUGAUCCGUUGUCAGUAUUGUGAAAUUAUUAUAAUGUUAAAGUAAGAUAUGAAUAGACAGAACUGAUCCGAGAGCAGUACUGACUUUCUUUCGAUCCUACCAGUAUUGACACAUUCUCCAACGACGCACUUGGCGAACGUUCUUUCUGCGUUGUGUUUUGGGAAACGCAUGUUACAUCUUCGGGCGUUGUCGGAACGAUGGAUUGUUAAAACACUUGUAAACCUAAAUUCCAUCGCCAUCGGGAAACCAGACACCUGAAGUGUCUCACUGGCAUUUCUCCUCCCUUCACGUAAAUAUUGAGACGGCAUGAGUGUGUUGGAUGAACUCUGCACUCAGUGUCUUUGUGUCAGUCAGUCUUCAUGUACGUCUGCAGCAUUGAGCUAUAGACAGACUGGUCCCGAGACGCUCAAAUAUGUCCCUCUUCUGAGAACAGACAAAUCAAUGUGACAAAUGAAACAAAGCAUAAGAGACUAGAGCUGUCGUUAUGUGGUGUACAUGUCCAUUUUCAUUUUUUAUUUGUUGCUUUUUCCCCCCUUUUGAUUAUAAUUAUUAUGGAAGAAUACUGUAGUAUCAUAAGUGAAAUCAUUAUUCUUUUCUAGGCUUAGAACUUGCUUGUGAUUGAUAAUGACAAUGUAUACCUUAUUUAAAAAAAUUAAAAAAGGUGAACAAAUCUGAAAAAUUACACAAAAAAAAUAAAAACAUCGAAAAGUGAUCAGUCCGAGGCCAAGGUAAAGGACUCGUUUCUUUGUGUUUUUAUUUUUUUAAUAGCAACUUAUCACUGUGUGAUAUUUUGUAUAUCAUAUUAAGCUGCAUUCAAACAAUUUCCUCUAACUACAAGGGAUAAGAGACCUGCUUUUUAUUGAGUUUGUUUUAUUAUAUAUAUUUUUUGAACUGCAUUUUAGCUUGUAUCAAAUGACAGAUUUUCCUCCUUUGGUUUUGUUUACUUUGCGGGUCUCUGUUGUAUGUCAUUAAAGAAAAAAGAAAAAUGGAAAAAAAAGCGAUUUUGUACAGUGAAUUUGAGAGCAAUAUUGUCACUCAUUAUUUCUUAUCAACUGUCAUUCUUUGCUGUAUAACUACAUGUUAAUGAUCAACCAAAUUCAUCAUUUGGACAUGUCCCUCUGUGCACCAUCUGAAACUUUUAGGAUUUAAACCCACUUAACCCCAACAUUUCUCCCAAGGUUUCACCAUUGUAAAGCCCUAGUUUUUUUGUUGCUUUGACAAAGUCAUUUCUAAAGAUUAUUGUUUAUUUGUGAUUCAUUUUUAG